CGCUCCACAUCGCCGUGCAGGUGCUGUCAGCCAACUCGCCGCCUGAAUUCUCGCCUCGAACCCUGUCACGCAGCCGAUUCCCGCUACUGAAUCCUCGCACAACCCACACAGCCCAUCAUGGACGCGAUACCGAUCUCGAAGAAGCUGAUCGCUUUCGGCAGCAAAAAGAUCUACCUGCCCAAAUUCACAGUCGCAAUGGUGCGCACACCCGGCCUCUCACCAUACCACGCGCGCUUCCUCGUUCCGCUCGACUUCUCCAAGUAUGAUCUCCGCGACUACCUCUACCACGCCUACAACGUCAAAUGCUUCAACAUUCGAUCCUACGUCAAGCAGAUGCCUAUUCGCGACACGACACAACAGCCGCGCCACUGGUUCCGCCCCGACUCGAAGAAAUACAUGACAGUCGAGAUGGAACAGCCCUUCGUAUGGCCUGCGCUGCCAGAGGACAUAAAGGCGUGGGGUAUAGGACAACAGAAGUCAGAGAUUGAUCAAGCCGCCGAAGCCAACGGAAUCGUGACCAUGGAGCAGAAGAGGCAGAAGGCCAAGUCGUUGCGAGAGCAGGUCAAGGCGCUGCUGAUGAAGAGGGAGCCUUUGAUCGAGAAGAGCCUUGUACGGAAGAAGCGAGAAGGCAGAGAGCUUACACCGGAGGAGCUGCAGAAGGAGGAGGUCGCAUUGCAAAAGCAGGCAGAAAAUGAGAGGAUGUCCGCAUUGAAGUUCUGGGAGCAGAAGAGGACAGGGAAAGUGGUGCAGGCCGAUGACUCCAGUCGUUACACGAUCAAGGCAUGAGCAAGACAGAAAGAGCUGUGUAUAUUUGGCUGUAUCAUAUUGCAUGGAAUUGGAGCGCAUCUUCGUUUGCAUACUUCGCAUAAUGCCU